CGCUUUCUCAUACUGCAAGAACCUCCACCUACUUGCAGUCAGCUAAAAAACCCGAGACACAUCAACCGCGAUAAGAAUUUCGUUUUUUUCUCAAGUAGCGUUUGCUGGUCAUGGAAAUCUUCGCUCCGGGAGAAUGAUGAAGAACGUGCCACCAGUGAUUGCCCCGACCUGUAAAAGGUCGCAAGAACGCGGUGGUUCAUUUUUGUGCGAGCGGAUGGAUGAAAUGACUUCCGGCAUCAAAGCCGCUACACCAGUUUUGCUGCAAGUACAACGACUGUCAUGGCUGUUGAAGAUUUUGCAGGAGCACCAGAUAACGUAACGGACGGAAAGUAGAACAAGGUCGUCGGAAGGUCAAGAACACGUCUAAAACCACACCCCCCAGCACCUCUGCGACCUUCCGCCCUUUCUCCACAACCAUUUUCCCACCAACAUGCCACCACGGAGGAGUAAACGCGAGGGCAAGCGGGGGGCGAACCAGCAAAAUCCCGAUGACCCGGAUGCGCCCAAGAUCCACCCGGAGGUCCAGAAGGUCCUCGACUUCGAAGCGCUGUUGGAGGCGGAGGCGAAGAACGAGGUGGCCGCGAAGGUGCAGAAGGAUCGUAUUGGGAGGAAAAACCCCUCCUCCCCAUAUCAAAACGAAAUUUCUGAUGCUGGAUUUGUGUACACCAAUCCGAGCCGUCUUGCUGGAGAGCACUGCAGGCCCAUACUAAGUGGCGAGUAGAGAGGUUUUGACCUAGGCACUUAGCAUGAAAAACGUCAGCACUGUAGGCCCAACAGCAUGACAAAGCGCAUGCACAACGCGGCGGAGCCUGCGCAGUUGCCUUCUUGCAAGACAGACACGAUUUGUGACCACAAAUCAGCAUCACAAAUUUCCAAAAAUAUACCUUUUCAGAAUGGGGAGGGGGGAUUUUUCCUUUUGAUAGAUCGGAUCUUAAAGCGGUGCUUCGACGCGUUCGGGCACAAUUUAUGCGGCCCCGACCCGGUCUUGAACAGUACCAGCCUCGCGCUCGUCGUCGAAAUUUUCUUCAUCGCGAAAGAGCUCGGGUUCGAUUUGGACUUCAACCCGAACGCGAUCUGCGAGAUCCCGAACAAGCUGGAGCAGAUGCACGAGGAGCGGGACAAUCCGAUGUUGGCUUCCAUGCCCAAGGAGAAGUUAGGCCUUGUGACGGGGAUCCACUUUGCGCUGCGCGGGGCCGCGAAGCGGCUGGAGAAGGAGCACCUGUGGGGCACCUUCACGGACCUGCUGCGGAUGACCCAUAGGAGAGAUGCGGAGCUGUACCGGAUCGUCUACUUCGACCUGCUGAAGUAUGGAAGUGUCAGAAUCGAAAUUGGCAAAAUCGAAAAACUUGUGAUGCACAAAAUCGAUGUCAGUUGGAGCCUCAGUUUCCAAGUGGCGCAUGACAAAUUUCGGAAGCACCCAAAUCCAGUUGUCAUGCUGUUUGGACAGAGAAGACUCCUCCUGUCAUGCUGCUCGGGCAGCACUUUGUAUACCCCUAAGCAGCUCCUUUGCAAUCGGUCUCAUUUGCCUGCCCCCCAAUACAGGCCUUCGGUGUCCUACAUUUUAUGCAUCGCAAAUUUUUCGAUUUUGUCGAUUUCGAUCCUGACACAUCCAUAUGAAGGACAUCGUCGACGACAUCGUGGACGAGGACGACGAGGAGGAGCGGAAAUACCUGUGGAUGUCCUGCUCGCCCUACCCCCAGGACCACCGCUGCCCCUACGUGAUCCGGUCCAUGCUGGAGGAGGACGGGUGGACGGAGAUGGCGGACUAUUCCAUGAAGCGAAAGUACCACCACGUGUACCGGCACGAACUCUCCUUAGACACCGAGGACCCAGAGAAGGCGAAGAAUUUGUUUAAAUUGUCUCCUUUAUCCUUCAUCGACGUGUGCGUGCCGGAGAAGUGGAACCACUUCCAUUUCCUACUCCCCAACAGCCACUACGAGGCGAUGGCGCAGAAGCUGAUCGACGACGAGUUCAAACGGAAGGGGAAGAUUGACUUGACGGUGAAAAAGCCGAAAAACAAGAACGAGGAAAAGAAAAUGGCGAAAGACAAGGCGGAAAAGGAGCAGAUGGUGGCCAUUAUCAAAAGGAGAAAGCCCCCCUCCCCAUAUCGAAACGGAGAUCUGUGAUGCAGAUUUGUGGUCACAAAUCAGCUUUGCCAUGCUAGAAGGGAGAAGAUGCGAACUGUAGUGCCGGUUGGCGUGGAAAAGCCUUGCAUCUUCAGCAUGACAGGAGGCAGCUGGAAGUGGGAAACAGCAUGACAAAUCGCCUGCAGAGGAGGCCACAACUGCGGCUCUUGGCCUUCUACCAUGACACCUCGAUUGGUGUACUGAAAUACAGCAUCACAAAUUGCGUUUUCGAUAUGGGGAGGGGGGAUUUUUCCUGUUGAUAGCCAUGUUCGACAGUUCCGACACAGACGAGGACGAUUUCUUCGAGGACAAGGACAUGGACCCGGAAACGCGGAAAACCGCCGAGGAGCGGGAAAUCAUGAACAACGAGUAUCCCGUGUGAAAACGUCCCCACCCCAUAGUCAAGUUGGGAAAUCUGCAAGACAAAUCAACAAACUUUCGCUGUUACGCAUGGCAGCUUUGUGCUAGUAGCAAUGUAAUAUUAAUUCCGUUUCGCUAGUGCAGCAGCAUCACAGAUUCAGCAUAUUGCUCAGAUUUGCGCAUCACAAAUUUCGAAACAGUACGAGAAAAUGCGUCUCAUAGGGCUCCGCAUGAGAGAUAUUUUAAGAAUGCAGAUGUGCAUAGCAACUAUAAUGGGGUGGGGACGUUUUUGCACAGGAUAACGAGAACGUGUUAGAUCUGAUGCAACAGGACGAAACGAUCAUGGAGUCCGGGUUGCUCGGUCUCUCCCACGCGGAACUCCCCUGCUACGUGCUGUGGAACUUGUGCCGCUCGUUGCGCAUCACGAUGAUCGGGCUGCGCCCGGGGGGUUGCAUGGUCUUGAUCUGGGGAACGACGCCGCUGCACGCGUCCUUCUUCUGGCUGAAGCAGCAACUGCAGCCGUUCUUCGACGACGUGAACUUGCUUUCCUCUCCCUUCCCCUCCAUGGAGUCCCUCGUGGUCUGUUCCGGUUACAGCGGGCGGAUUUCCCAGGUCGACCCCUUCUGCUACUUCCUGACCCGGCCGCACCGCGCGAUGGGGAUCGACGACAUCCUGCUCUGGACCUUCGGCGACGGCAACAAGUCCAUCGAGGAGAUGUGGGACCGGGACCGAAGGGAAAUCGAGGACCUGCUGAUGGACUACAAAACGAAGAUCGAAAAGCUGGAACGCUACACCAUCGACAUGGAAAAGGAGAAGGUGUUGCAGGAAAUAGAGCGCAUCAAGGAGGCCAUGCGGGAAGCGGAGAGGGCAGCCAGGGAAGCAGAAGGGGCGGCGCAGGAAGCGGAAGCGGAGAAGAGUCCGAAAAAGAAGAAAAGUAUAUUUUAGAUAAUCGCUUGAAUUGAUGCGAUGUAAUACGACAUUUAUUUCUACUUGCACUUCGAUUGCUUCUAUCGCGUCCUCAUACAGACAGGGAUUCGCACUUUCCUCUUGAUCAUGAACUGGUGCUUUAUUUUUUGAGUUUUGCUUUUACAACUCUAAAAUCCUUCUAUGCAGGUCCGCGCAAGAAGAAGCCCGGUGAAAAGGACGAGGGGGAGCUGAAGAAGAAAAAGACCGUCGAGAACAUCGAUGCGAAAGCGUCGCUGAAGCGGAAGAAUUCCCGCGUGCGCCCGGGCGGCGGGGAGAUGACGCGCGAGGUGCAGGAGGGCGAGAAGGUCCAGCGGAGAAGGAGGAAAACCGUGAUCAAAGAAGGAAUGAAGUCCGCGCAACUGGAGAAGUUGGUGAAGUUUCGGAAUCGGGAGCCGGAUGCCAAGGCCGGCGCGGAGGUCAACCACAUCGUCAUGACCGCCAUGGACGACGCCAGUCCACGUAUAAUUUGUGAUUUCUUUUGGGUUUUAGCGAUGACGCUGUGAGAUAGAUUCUUGUCGCAUGAGUGAACGUGAAGCUGCCUGAAGCAAAAGCAUGAAGGGUAGGUGUGAAUGUGUCAUAGCAUACAUAAAACAGAAAACCGUUCGCUCCGUGCGGCGGCUGCGGGCAGUGAUCCUACGUGCAUGACGAUGACCGUGAGUCGCGAGCGCAUUGACCAGAUCCAGAAGGACGUGAUCGACAGUAUGCGGCCAGAGCCCUUGUAUCACACAGAAAAAAACUUGCAGGUCAUAUUUGUAAUGAAAAAAUAAGUAGAUUAAAAAAACUGCAUUGCAUAUCCUAAAUAGCAUGCUAUGAGGCCGCCCAUGACAGACUUUCCUGUGUACUUAUUUAUUUUUGCAUUACAAAUAUGCCCUGCCAGCUUUUUUCUGUGGGAUACCUUGUCGCCCAUGCGCAAGCGCGAGUUCAACCCUUACCGGAACAAGUUGCGGAAGCUGAUCGGGAAACGCGAAGACGACAUCAAACAGAUGGGCGCGAAAGUACUUGACUUAUUGACAUUUGAACUUUGAACCGUAUUGCAGCAGUUGAUUUCGGACUGCAGUGCCCUUCUUUUCUAUCUCGACCUGUUUUUCAACACGUAGCGAGUUUUUCUUCAAAAUACAGGGCAGCAUGCGCGGCGGCGCAGGGAGGCGGGGACGCGGCGGGGGCCAGGGCAGCAUAUGGAUUGCAAAAAUGUCUGGGUCGGGAGACUUGUGAUGCUAAAAUGUGGAUGAUGGAAACAGUUUCGAAUGCAACCUAGCAUGACAACUUUCCAGAACACUUUCUCAUAGGCAAUCCGCAUGAGAAACUGCGUUCUUGCAUGUAUAAAAGAGGCUGGGACUUCUAUUGGUUUUGCAAUACAGAUCGCCUAGGUAUGAAAAGCUAGCAUUACAAGUUCCAAGCUUCCAGACCCAGACAUUUUUGCAUUCGAUACAGCAGCGACGACGACGACGAAUUCGGGGUGCUACCCGACGUGUCCCACGCCGAGCGCGGCGGCGGCGAGGAGGGCGACGAGGGCGAGGACGCCGACGGCGAGGAGCACAGUAUGAUCAAGAUGGUGAACAAGAAGGGCAAGAAGAAGCACGGCAAGGACAACGCCUCCACCGAGUUCGACGGCGCGGACAGCUCUUUGCUGCUCCGCGGCCCCUCGCACAGCCGGUGGGACCGGCCCUGGCGCCGCGACGGCGUGCGCAACCCCGUGCCCGCGGACUUGAAGAACGGGCCCUCGACCGCGUCCCAGAAGCGGCCGGUGCACUUGGCGACGAGUCUGGGGGUGGGCAGCCUGGACCAGAUCCGCGACACGGAACUGUUUGCCAAGUUCCAAGAGGAGCUGAACCCGGUCACCGCGUUCGGCGACAAGGACGAAAUCUACGAAUUCCUGUCCAACUCCGCCAACUUCCUGCGCGACACGGGGGACACCAACGUGCGGCACGUGUACGAGGCCUGGACGCGGCAAUACGACAAAUGGAGGGAGAACAAGGGGCUGCCGCCGCGACAAAAAUACCACAUCGACCUGCCCUCCAGCACGAGCGGGUCGCGGUCCGGCACGGCCGCGUCCGGGAGUCGGCCGGCGCCUGGGCCGCCGGAGGGUGCGACCGGAGGCGGGGAAGGAGGAGGGGAUUGAGGAGUAUGGUUGGGUUCGUUGUCGUGGUUGUGUUGAACAGAAGGCUUUGAUGUUCCUGUGCACGGCAAGGUGCAAGGUGGACGAGCAACGUUGUUUGCAGCAUGCAUCUUCUGAUGCUGUUGAUGAAGCUGCUGCAUUUGCUGAACUUCCCUUGAGAAUAAAGAAGUUGCGUUUCUACUGCCAUCUUGCGAGGAUCAUCGUGCCUCAUUCGAAAAAUAAAGCUGGCGGCUUCGACUGUGUGUCUUGCUCGGGCUGUUACAACGUUGCGAAAUUUCGUUUUGUUCUCUACCGAGGAGAAGCCGUUAUCAAUGCUGAGAGAGAGAUGUUGAGGGACUUUGUUGCUCAACCUCAUGAACCUCAUUGGAGUCCAUGUAUUUCAUACGCGAGAGACUGGCAGAAGCCCGCUGGCACUUGUGGACUGUUGGGCGCGGCGUGCUUUCAGUUGUGCGCUGGCCCUUGUGCUCGCCGCUGGUUCCGCCCGGCGCUUCUCUAGUUGGUGGCAGGGACCGGUGGCCGGUGGGGCUCGCCCAAAGGUACGCGGCUACUGCUUUCCGGAGACGGUCCUUCUGGCCGAGCUCAUGGGGUGCAAGCAUCAGCGCGGCAGGGGGCGCCGUCAUCGAGGGGGGGACUUUUUCAUUUUGAUAGCGGGCAAGUUAGACUUCGGCCCGACGGAGUGGGUCGGGAAUAUGGCGGUGGCAGUCC